AAUAAGGGCCUAGACUGAAUUGCAGUUGCACAUCCUCCGUCAAUAUGCGGACUCCUGGGGAAGUGUUAGAAUUUGCUUUAAAGAAUAAAUGUUUUUUUGUUUAGUUAGCGAGUCUUGUAUCGGGAUAACAGUAGAUGCGACACCUAUUCAGUAUUCCGGGUAGGUUGUCUUGUUGUUUGUUCAUCGUGCAGGACACGCGCUCGAAGACGCGAAGGCCUAGCGUUCAAUGAAAACACUUGAAGUCCUGCAGAAUGUCCAAGAUCAGGCGGAAGGUUACAGUGGAGAAUUCAAAAACCAUAUCCGAUAGCAGCAGCAACCCCGCAUCCAGCAGCACCAGCAAUCCUGCAGCCCCAUCGCGCCGACCAAGCGUGUUUGAAAGACUCGGCCCGAGCACUGGGAGUAAUGCUGCUGAUAGUCACUGUAGAAAUUGGCUGAAGACUGGAAACUGCAGUUACGGCAACACUUGUCGCUACACACAUGGAACUCAACCACGAGGCAAAGGAUUUAAUUUCAGCCGUAGGUCAGCAGAGAGACCCACUGGCGAUUUGCGGGAGAGGAUGAAGAAUAAAAGACAGGAUAAUGACACAGACAAUGUAAAGCGUGACUUGGAUGAGCCAGCAUCUCCCACAGGAAGACAGAGAGACUCCUCCAGAGGUCGACAUAGAGAAAAAGAGGAUAUCAAAAUUACUAAGGAGCGCACCCCUGCCAGCGAAGAAGAGCCCAUAGAGUGGGAAACAACACAGUCCGAUAUUGGUGAUUACGACUACGAGUUGUCCCUCGAGAUGAAGCGGCAGAAGAUUCAGCGUGAGCUUUUGAAACUGGAGCAAGAGAAUUUAGAGAAAAGAGAGGAAAUUGUUAUCAAGAAAGAAGGGACUCCCACCAAGACAAAAUCCACCGCCAUGCAAAAAGCCUCUCCCGAGAAGCUACGAACACGAGACUCCCCUCCAACCAGAAAGUCUACUGGUUCGCCGAAGCAAAAAAGUGGGGUUAAAGGUUCGGGUAAGAAAGAGAAGAAGGCAUCCGGAUCUUCACCUGUCACAGAAACUGCCAAGGUGUCAAAAGGAUCUCACAGUAAGAAGAAAGGUCCUCGUACCCCUAGUCCUCCACCUCCGGUGCCACUGGACCUUCCUGUGGUUGUAAAGAAACACAAAGGCAAGCACAAGAACAAAGAGAAGUGUGAAGAGAAACAGAAAGAAGGGAAAGAUCGGGGACAUGAUGCAGAAAAACACAAAGAGAAGAAAGAGAAACGCAGGGACCGUUCUGACAGUUCUCAUAAGCUCAAGCGCUCCGUGACUUCUGAGGAACGUUCUGGUAGCGUGUCACCUUCACCGUCAACAAGGAAGAAGUCCACCUCUCCCAAAGCUUCUUCACAUAAGGCCGCUCUACUGCCGACUCCCCCUCGCAGAUCUCCAUCCCCUCCACGCCAUCAGCGCACGCCAACGCCACCCCAACGGCGCUCUCCGUCCUCUCUCUCUGACUCCUCACCCCAGCGGCAUUCGCCCUCACCUCGGAGGCGUCGGCGCUCUUCUUCCCCCACCUACCACAGCAGCUCUGCGGUUGCGGUCUCUUCCCCGCCAAGGUCCCAGCGCUCACGUUCUCCUGCGACCUCUCAAGAUGCGUCCUCCCCCCACCGUCGAUCUGACAGAUCAAGCCCCACGUUGCACCACUCGAGAGGUCGCGACAGAAGCCAUGGUGACAGAGAGAGAAGUCCCCACACUCAGGAGCGCAGACAUGAGCGCAGAGAUGAUAGCCGCAGGAAGGGCGAUAAGGAUAAUAACCGCGAUGACUGGGAGUUUGACUCGGAGCAGGUUUUGUCAAGAGACAGCCGCGACGACAGAGAAGCUAGGGAAGUCCGAGAUCGACGGGAUGGCCGAGAGCGAGGGCGCGAAGCGACCAGAGAGCUACGUGACCGCAGAGAUGUGAAGGACACUAGAGAAAGCAGAACCGAAACACGCUCUAAUCGAGAGUCACUGGAACGACGUGAUCGUGAGCGAGAGAAAGAGAGGGAAAGGGAGCGAGAGCGGGAAAAAGAGAAGGAAAGGGAUAGGAUCAACACCCUCAGGAAGGAAGAAGUCCAUGACGACCGGAGUUAUGGAAGAACUCAUGGCCGUGAAGAUGGAGGAAGAGAUGGACGGACAGAAAACAGAACAGAUCGCAACAGUCGUGGAAGAGGACGUGAAUUUUCUGACAAAGGCUCAAACAGAAACUCCAGAGGGUGCCAGCUGGAAAGCAGUCAUGACAACUGGGAGUCUCGUAGCAGUGGUGCACGUGAGCGGAGCACAGAACGCAAUGCCGUAGAAAGAAUUUCAGACAGAGACAGAAGAGGAGAGCAGAUGCGAGACUCCUCUUACGACAGGCGAGGCGGCCACGGCGAAAGAGAUCGCAGAGAUAAUCGCGAUAGAGAUCAAAGGGCAGCUUCCCCAAACAGGCAUCAGAGAAGAUCGGAGGAAUCCGAGAGGGAUGAGCGUAGGACAGACAGAGGAGAUGAUAGACGGGAUGACCGGACAAGAGAACGGGAGAGAGACAGGGAACGAGAACGGGAACGAGAGAAAGACAGGGAGCGGGAGAGGGAAAAGGAGCGAGAAAAAGAGAGGGAGGCAGAGAGGGAACGCACCAGAGAGCGAGAGCGGGAACGAGAGAGGGAAAGAGAGCGGGAACGAGAAAGGGAGAGAGAAGAACGGGAGCGGGAGAGAGAGCGGAAGGAGCGAGAACGGGAGCGGGAACAGCGCGAGCGAGAGAGGCAGCGAGAGUGGGAGGAGCGGGAAAGGCGGGAGAGGCGGGAGGAUGCCAGAGACGACCGUGCGAUUCGGGAGACGAGAGACGACCGCAAAACAAGCCGCAAGCGACCCAGGUUGGAUACCAGCCCGAGCCCCCGACCUUCGCCCAAGCGUGGGACUCGUGACCGCAGUCCUCCAGACAGCGAUGGCUACAACAGUGCAGAUGAGAAAAGUGAGCGUCCCAUUGGCCGAGGGCCAGCCAAGCUCCACCCACAGCCCCUCCUCCCCAGCCCUGUGUGUCCACCUCCAAGUGACAGUGCAGAUAAGCAUCGUGUGCUCAGCCAGGUGGUGCGCCCCUUAGAGCCCCUCUUGCGUUCACCAUCAAGGACUGCAUUAUGUGAUGACAAGCCCAGCCACUGGAAGGAUGAGGAGCGCAGAGGAGCUCUGAAUAAAAGGGAAGCACGCAGCCGCCAUGAGGACUCUGAGCCCCGAGGUGAUCGUGGCAGGGGAGCUGACCGCCAAGCUGAUCAGCUGUCAGAUAUGCAACCGGACUCUCGAAGCCGAGGCAGAGACCUGCGAGAGUCCACACCCCCUCCUGUUUCUCUUCCUCCUGGUGCUGAUAGCGUAGACAGAGAUGUCGCUGUGUCACAACCCCAAGAAGACGGCAAAAAGAAGACUAAAUCACUGAGGAAGGGCUUGAAGAAAGGCCGUAAAGAUGAAGAAGCGUGUGGUGGGAAAGGUCUUACAGGAGCCCGCUUAAACCCUGAUCCCCCAGCUGCUGUUGUGGCAGAUGGUCCUCCAUCGUUACUUUCACCAAAGAAGGGAGCAAAGAGGAAAAUGCCUGAGAGAAAGAGGAAACGUGAAAGAGAUUCUGAGGCGUCCGAGGAGGAUUCUUCAGCGCAUCAGCCCCAUAAUAAGAGGAAAAGAGGUCCUCGGACGCCACCUCCCUCUUUGAGAUCAGGUCAUCGUGUCAUUACUGAGUCUUCCCAACCGCCCAAGAUGGACAAUUUCAGCGACUGGUCCGAUGAGGAGGUCUCAGAUCGAGUAGGACCACCUGAUUCUGCUUCUGCUGAACGAGUACCACCUGAGCCUCUACGAAGAGGUGGCGGACCCAGGUUGGGGCGUGACAGAGACCGGUGCAACCCCCCUCCCAUCGCUCCUUUGCUUCUGCAGGAUCCUCCAAUGCUGCUCCAGACAUUGACUCCACAGCCCCUGAUGUCACAACCCCUUAUUCGCAAGCCUCCGUCAGAGCAGACACGCAGCAGCAGCAUGGGCAGUAACCAGAGCCGCACAUCAUCCAGACGCCCACGGUCGCCCUCCAAUGAGUCGGCCCACCGAGAUGACCUCCAGGGAUCACAUAACCGAAGGGGACGACUUCAGGGCCCAGGCAUGCAUGAUCGGGAAAGGGAGAGAGAAAGAGAAAGGCUGGGAGUGAGUGACCCACCAGGAACUGAGAGAAAAUCAAGAAUUGACCAGUUGAGAAGAGGCGAACCAAGUCGCAGCACGUCUUCGGACCGACAGGACUCCCGAAGCCACAGCUCCAGGCGUAGCUCUCCUGAUUCUGAGAGGCAAGCCAGGUCCCAAUCCCGCGCUGGGUCCUACGAUAGUCGAGAACGAGAGCGUGACAGGGAGCAAUUUGAUCGCGAACGGGACCGAAAAGAUCUUCGACAACAGCAGCCGAGCCUGCUUCUCCAACAGCCUCUUCAACAACCGAGAGACUGGGAUCCCGAAUCCAGAGACUGGUCCGGUAGGGGACGAGAGCCUCCACCCGUGCGUCCUGGCCGCGAACCUCUUCUGAGGGAGAGGGACAUCCGGGAACGCGAACGCUUGCUGCCUGAGGGACUCAUCCAGCAACAUGAGCGAGAGAGGGAGCGUGAGAGAGAACGGGACAGAGACAACAGGGGUGAAAGAAGCAGCGAUAGAGACAGAGAGAGAUUGAUGUUGCUGGACUUGCCCCCUCAUGCUGACUCCAGAGCUGCUGGGCGAGGUGAAAUAAUGAGACAAGACAGAGGUGACUAUGAGCCCCUCCUGCCAAGAGAAGCCUUUAGCCCACCAGAAGCUGAGAAACCAAGCAACAGCCACCAUGUUGCCGGUGAGCAGUUAGAGAUGGAGCGGAUGGACAGCAUUGACGUAGAGGACGAUGGAAAAGAAGAUGACAGCCAGUCAGUGGCAUCUGUAGGAGAGGACUACGAACCAAUCAGUGAUGAUGAGCUUGAUGAAAUUUUGGCUGACAGUCAGAAAAAGGAGGAUCAGCAGGAUGAAGAGAAAAUGACAGGUCCUCUGGAUGUUAUUGAUGUGGACUGGUCCAGUCUGAUGCCUAAACAGAAGCCUGAGCCCCGAGCGGCUGGGGCAGCUUUGCUUCGCUUUACCCCGGGGGCCUUUCUUCUCCGGGCGGGCGUCUCUAAGCGACUUGCUGGGGCUGUGCUCCUUGAAAAGGUCAAAGAAGUGUGCAAGGCAGAGCUGGACAACCCCAAAGAUGCUGACAAACUGUUUGAGCAUGACCUUGGGGCCCUAAACAUGGCUGCCCUGAACAGACGGGUGGAGAGAGCAGCUUUACUCAGCAACCUUGGGCCCUGCUGCAAGGCUCUGUGUGCGCGCAGGGACUUUGGAAUUCGUAGGCAACUCUUGAAAAAUGAUAAGGGCCUUACCAAACAGUAUCCUAUGAAUCCUGUGGUCGACAGCGAGCUACUGCAAAUGAGCAUGCGUCUCUUUCGGAGAACUGUGUCUGGUCAGACGUCUGUCCCAGAAAGAUCCGACAGUGGGUCGGACGCAGUUGUUGAAGAUACCCCGGCAGGCAGCGACAGCAUGCUCGCUGCGGGACAGCCAGAGGUUUGCGUGUCAUGAGAUACACGAGGCGGCUUUGAUCCCGGAAGUGCAUGAACUUCAAUGCUUGGAAGCCUUGACUUCUCAUCUCAUUUCACUGACGACAUAACUCUUUAGCAAGAAAUAAAGCCACGUUGCAAGAUAGUGAAUCAUUACGCUGAAAAUAUUUCUGCGAUACGUCUGCUCUUGCCAUUGAAUCAGUGUCAUUAACUCAGUACAGGAGAUAGCGGUAUAUAUUUUUUGAAUUUGCAGUUAAUUUCACAUUUUCUUACAUUGUGCUUCACUAACAGAAAGUAAUGCAAGAAUGAUGUAGAAUACCAUUUUUCACUCAAGAAAAAGCAUUGUACAGAUGAACACUCAAUCCAUUACAUUGCAAGUGUGACCACAGACCUUUGUGUGUAAAGGCUCUUAACUGCCAACCUUUUUGUUAGUGAGAGCUACCUCUUGGAUACUGAUUAAUGAAGACCAGUUUGAUCCAUGCCUCUGAUCUAAUUGACGAUACUUAUUCGGGGACAAUAAAAGCUGUACAUUUGUAACAUGCUACAACCCUGAUCUUUAGAAUGUUGCUUUUUUUCCCCUUUUAAAUACUACAGAAUUGUUGAUUCCAAAUUUAAACCGGUGGUACUCAUAGGCUCUCUACUGAUGAUUCCUGCUCUUGAUAUUUCUGUCUCAGCUAAGUGCCUUAGCUAAUAAGUUACUAACAACAACAGUUCUAAAAAUGUCUUAUGAUUUUGGAUUCAGUGUGUUCAUCACCCCCUAGUUCCAGCUGUGCUUUAAACCCUUAUUCUUUCUUCUUGGUGAUUGCUUUCUUGGACAUUUUAAUGCAAAAACACAUUUUUAAUAGAAAAAGCACAUCAAGUGCCAUUGAUAAAGACAGUUUAAAUGUUCAAAGGAAGUAAGCCGCAAAGAAAAAACAAAAAAAUAAAAGCAAAUAAUUACCUAGUCUUUCCUGCUUUAAUUCCAAACCAUAUGCCAAGGCAACAACAGGUUUUUCCCCCCAUGUGUCUCAGAGAAUGACAGGCACACCCGUUUACCUCCACAUAUUGCUGAUCAUUUUCGUUACAUCACACUCAAGCUAACGCAGCAAAAAGUUGUCUUUUUUUGUUUCACUUUAUUUAAAAUACCUAGUUUAUAUAAUUUUCUACCACUUUUUGAGUAUAACGAUUCAUACAUUUUCAGUAGUUUCAUUACAAAUUCACACCACUUUCAGUAUGUUGUCUUAGUCCUAGUACCUCCGAUUUCAAUCUGCUAAAAGAAGGUUGUCAAACUUUACAGUUUUGUGUUGUACUUGAGUUCCGCUGUAUUUAAUACAACUAAAUUGGAGAAAAUUAGGGUAUUUAAGAAUGGUUUGUUGGUUCUGUGUUGUAUGACCGAUAUAUCAUUCAGCUUUUUGUUUACACACAAGGUGAACCUAGUUUUGUAUGUUUUACACCCUUGUUUUCACAUAAUGUGUCUGGUAUAGUAAUAAUUAUGAUCUUUGUAUCAUGAUUGUGGAAUAUCAGCUAUCUAGUGUGGUACUUGGGAUCUCCAGCUUUUUGUGCAGACAAGCACUUUCUAAACCUCCAUCAGUACACUCUAACCAGGAAGAGAUGGGAAUGCUGGAAGACCUCGACAUUUGCAAAGGGGGACGUUGUCUUUACGUUCUCAGGAUCUUCAAGAAGGCCAACCUGAGGAGGGAACUGCUGACAAUUUUUGACUCAUGUUUGAUCGUGUGCCAACAUUGACUAUACUGCAU